CGGAGCCGCCCGCAGGCCGGGGCGGAACGUGCGGCGGGCGGGCAGCGAUGGCGGCGGCCGAGGUGGCGCGGCAGGGUGAAGGCUGUCGUACUGUCCCGCUUUCUGGACACGUCGGAUUUGAUAGUUUGCCUGACCAGCUGGUUAAUAAGUCAGUUAAUCAUGGGUUUUGUUUCAACAUCCUUUGUGUGGGGGAAACUGGCCUUGGUAAGUCCACCCUCAUGGACACCCUUUUCAACACCAAGUUUGAAGGUGACCCAGCAUCUCACUCACAGCCUGGGGUCCAGCUGAAGUCCAGUACCUAUGACCUGCAGGAGAGCAAUGUCAACCUCAAGCUGACUAUUGUGAGCACAGUGGGCUUUGGGGAUCAGAUCAACAAAGAGGACAGCUAUAAGCCCAUUGUUGAGUUCAUUGAUGCUCAGUUUGAAGCCUACUUGCAAGAAGAACUGAAGAUAAAAAGAGUCUUGCACAACUACCAUGACACCCGGAUCCACGCUUGCUUGUACUUCAUUGCUCCGACCGGCCAUUCCCUGAAAUCCCUGGACUUGGUAACGAUGAAGAAGCUCGACAGCAAGGUGAACAUCAUUCCUAUCAUUGCCAAAUCUGAUGCCAUCUCCAAGAGUGAGCUGACCAAGUUUAAAAUUAAAAUCACAAGCGAACUGGUCAGUAAUGGGGUGCAGAUCUACCAGUUCCCGACAGAUGAUGAAUCAGUGGCGGAGAUAAAUGGGACAAUGAAUGCCCACUUGCCAUUUGCAGUGAUCGGGAGUACGGAGGAGCUGAAAAUAGGAAACAAAAUGAUGAAAGCUCGUCAGUACCCUUGGGGCACAGUGCAGGUGGAGAAUGAAGCUCACUGUGACUUUGUGAAGCUGCGGGAGAUGCUGAUCCGCGUGAACAUGGAAGACCUUCGUGAGCAGACCCACACACGCCACUAUGAGCUCUACAGGCGAUGUAAACUGGAAGAGAUGGGUUUCAAGGACACUGAUCCAGACAGCAAACCCUUCAGCUUACAAGAAACUUAUGAAGCCAAAAGAAACGAGUUUCUGGGAGAACUGCAGAAAAAGGAAGAGGCAAUGAGACAGAUGUUUGUCCAGAGGGUCAAGGAAAAAGAAGCUGAGUUGAAAGAGGCUGAAAAAGAGCUGCAUGAAAAGUUUGAUCGCCUGAAGAAAUUGCAUCAGGAUGAAAAGAAGAAGCUAGAGGAUAAGAAGAAGUCUCUGGAUGAUGAAGUAAAUGCAUUUAAACAAAGGAAGACAGCAGCUGAAUUGCUUCAGUCCCAGGCUCAGCAGGCUGGAGGAUCGCAAACUCUUAAAAGGGAUAAGGAAAGGAAAAAUUAGCUGCUGUUUGGCUGCAUGGUGCAUGAGGCACAUUGUCCUGUUCGGGUUUCCUGUAGAACCUUUCCCUUGGCCCCAGAGGCGAAUGCCCCACCCUCGGCUGUGCCAUUGUGCCUGUUCGCUCACCUUUCCCACUGCUCCCCUCCCUGCUCACCACUGGGGUCAAACCAGAGCCCUUGGCUGCUGGGGUCGUUCUUGUGAGGGGCCAGAGGGGCUCGUGCCAGGCUCCUCCUGCCCCUUGGGCAGCAGCAGGAUGCCCACUGCUCCUGGGCAAGGCUCCCCUGUCCCAUUGCUCCGCUUUUCCCUGCUCCGUGCUGUCAGAGCUGCUUGGGGGGUGCGUUUAGCUCCUGCUGUGGGUGCAGCCUGGUGCUGCCAUGGGGUGGGAUGUGCUCUCUCCAGAGACUGGCUGCCCUCUCCCCGUGUUCAUUUGCUGUUCCUAAGCCCUCAUACCCCCUGUGCUGCCAUGUGUGACUCAAAUAACUUUCAAGGACUUUUUGCAAAACUUGACAUCCUCACAGGCAUGGGCCUGAGUCCAAACCUCUAGUUCCCAGGCUUGAGGAAAUCUCAAAUUUGGAUCCAUGGUUUGCAACUAAGUGUUCUCUGAAUGCUGCAGGGGUCAUGAAGGAUCUCUUGCCUGGUCUCCCUCUCAGUGUGCUGACCUGGAUGCACAUCCUGGAUCCAAUCUCAGGGAAAGCUGGUCACCUUGCUGUACAUAUCAGUGUUUCUGAAGAAAGACGAUGCUGUUUCAUUGACUUUCUUCUCAGUGAUUCCAACAAUUUCUGGUUUUAAUGCAAAAAAAUACUACCUUUAUUAUUUUUUUAUUUGACAUCUCUUUAGAACUGUACAGAUGUUGACAGGUUUCUUCUCAUAUUUUCUAUUCAGCAAAAGCCUUGUUUUUAUUGCAAGAUUUGCACUAAAAAGGAGGGUGUUUUGCUCACUGGGCCAGGAGCUCACUCUGGCCAAGUGCAACUGUGGUUUGCCUGCAAGUGUCUUCUCUCUGUAUUUCUGGCUGAGUUUUGUUUUUAAAUAAAGAGUUCAUCGGACAGUGAAUUCUGGUUAACAUUUA